AUGGAUGACGAACCUGAAGUAAACCCCUACAACAGUCAAACAUCACAUUGUCCACAGGACGAACCUAAAGUAAACCCCUACCACAGUGAAACAUCACAUUGUCCACAGGACGAACCUGAAGUAAACCCCUACCACAGUGAAACAUCACAUUGUCCACAGGACGAACCUGAAGUAAACCCCUACCACAGUGAAACAUCACAUUGUCCACAGGACGAACCUGAAGUAAACCCCUACCACAGUGAAACAUCACAUUGUCCACAGGACGAACCUGAAGUAAACCCCUACCACAGUGAAACAUCACAUUGUCCACAGGACGAACCUGAAGUAAACCCCUACCACAGUGAAACAUCACAUUGUCCACAGGACGAACCUGAAGUAAACCCCUACCACAGUGAAACAUCACAUUGUCCACAGGACGAACCUGAAGUAAACCCCUACCACAGUGAAACAUCACAUUGUCCACAGGACGAACCUGAAGUAAACCCCUACCACAGUGAAACAUCACAUUGUCCACAGGACGAACCUGAAGUAAACCCCUACCACAGUGAAACAUCACAUUGUCCACAGGACGAACCUGAAGUAAACCCCUACCACAGUGAAACAUCACAUUGUCCACAGGACGAACCUGAAGUAAACCCCUACCACAGUGAAACAUCACAUUGUCCACAGGACGAACCUGAAGUAAACCCCUACCACAGUGAAACAUCACAUUGUCCACAGGACGAACCUGAAGUAAACCCCUACCACAGUGAAACAUCACAUUGUCCACAGGACGAACCUGAAGUAAACCCCUACCACAGUGAAACAUCACAUUGUCCACAGGACGAACCUGAAGUAAACCCCUACCACAGUGAAACAUCACAUUGUCCACAGGACGAACCUGAAGUAAACCCCUACCACAGUGAAACAUCACAUUGUCCACAGGACGAACCUGAAGUAAACCCCUACCACAGUGAAACAUCACAUUGUCCACAGGACGAACCUGAAGUAAACCCCUACCACAGUGAAACAUCACAUUGUCCACAGGACGAACCUGAAGUAAACCCCUACCACAGUGAAACAUCACAUUGUCCACAGGACGAACCUGAAGUAAACCCCUACCACAGUGAAACAUCACAUUGUCCACAGGACGAACCUGAAGUAAACCCCUACCACAGUGAAACAUCACAUUGUCCACAGGACGAACCUGAAGUAAACCCCUACCACAGUGAAACAUCACAUUGUCCACAGGACGAACCUGAAGUAAACCCCUACCACAGUGAAACAUCACAUUGUCCACAGGACGAACCUGAAGUAAACCCCUACCACAGUGAAACAUCACAUUGUCCACAGGACGAACCUGAAGUAAACCCCUACCACAGUGAAACAUCACAUUGUCCACAGGACGAACCUGAAGUAAACCCCUACCACAGUGAAACAUCACAUUGUCCACAGGACGAACCUGAAGUAAACCCCUACCACAGUGAAACAUCACAUUGUCCACAGGACGAACCUGAAGUAAACCCCUACCACAGUGAAACAUCACAUUGUCCACAGGACGAACCUGAAGUAAACCCCUACCACAGUGAAACAUCACAUUGUCCACAGGACGAACCUGAAGUAAACCCCUACCACAGUGAAACAUCACAUUGUCCACAGGACGAACCUGAAGUAAACCCCUACCACAGUGAAACAUCACAUUGUCCACAGGACGAACCUGAAGUAAACCCCUACCACAGUGAAACAUCACAUUGUCCACAGGACGAACCUGAAGUAAACCCCUACCACAGUGAAACAUCACAUUGUCCACAGGACGAACCUGAAGUAAACCCCUACCACAGUGAAACAUCACAUUGUCCACAGGACGAACCUGAAGUAAACCCCUACCACAGUGAAACAUCACAUUGUCCACAGGACGAACCUGAAGUAAACCCCUACCACAGUGAAACAUCACAUUGUCCACAGGACGAACCUGAAGUAAACCCCUACCACAGUGAAACAUCACAUUGUCCACAGGACGAACCUGAAGUAAACCCCUACCACAGUGAAACAUCACACUGUCCACAGGACGAACCUGAAGUAAACCCCUACCACAGUGAAACAUCACACUGUCCACAGGACGAACCUGAAGUAAACCCCUACCACAGUGAAACAUCACACUGUCCACAGGACGAACAUGAAGUAAACCCCUACCACAGUGAAACAUCACAUUGUCCACAGGACGAACGUAAAGUAAACCCCUGA